CGAUAUUUCUAUAUGCAGAAAGUUUAUGGUGCCAAGGGCAACGUCAUUGCCAAUUCGAAAGGGAUGUUCUUGGACCUCGAAUUGUAUGAGGGGUUCGGAGCAGGUGCUGUGAACACCCCGUUCUACAGAGUACUCGUUCUCGAGGGCGGUUUUGUUUUGGCGCGUGAAUUUUUCGACAUGUUGGAGGACAAAAACAUCGCUCUAGACGUCCCUUGCGACGUCAACCCAUCCCUGGAGUUGUCGUUGCUGUUGAAGCUGUGCAGCGGUUGCGAGUCAAGCGGGGCAGCGGGGAAGGGCGGUGAUCUAGGUUCUGGUCCCGCCACUCAACUGCACCGUGGCGAGAGCCGAGGUCAGUUCGACGACAGUGAGGAUGAGGGGACUGCUCCGCCGUUGAGUGACACGCUGCGGUCUGUGUUGUCUAUUCCUGGGGUUCAGACUGAUGCUCCGGUUCAGCGGAAGAGUACGGGGCCUACAGUACAGGUGGCGGCCUAUUCGGAGGUUGACUUGGAGGCGAGCGAGGGACAGGGUGUGGAGGAGGUGGAGGCGGGAGGCCUGGGAUCGCAAGGAGCUCCGCAAAAGAGGAGGGGGGAUCGUCCAGACGAGUUCGCCGGUUCUACGAAGAAGUUAAAGAGCAAAGCCCCUAGGACUGCGGGGGAGAAACGCAAGGGGACCGACGGGGAGCAGGGCCGACAGGUUGCCAAACGACCGUCUUCGAGACAGAAGCAGCCUGAGUCUGGACCGUCUUCUCCACCAACAACAAGGACUCCCAUCGACGUCGACGCCGGGUACUUCCUCGAGUACAAAGACGACGUUCGGACAAAACGGGAGUUCGACAUUAGCCCUGCGCAGGUCGUCGACCUCGGGGACUGGGAGGACUUGUACAACCAACGGUCCCUGGAUCCCGUGCUCAUGGAAGGGAUCAAAGAAGCGAUGCGGUUGGCAUUCGAAAACAAAGCGAAGUCUUACGAUUUCCCAACCCUGAAACUGGCGCCGCUGGGGCUUGAUAAACCGACUCCAGGGACCAAGGCAGAACAUCAGCAGGGCGAGGAGGCCAUCAGGAAACAAGGCGCUGCCCUGCGUUCCUAUUUCCCGUUGGCAAUGGCAGGGGAGAACGUUUGGAAACUGGCCGUCGAGUUUUUCGAGAAAUGGGAGACAGGCAGAUUGCUCGGACACGACACUGCAAAGUGGAUCAUGCAGAAGAAGAAAGUCAAAAACGUGAAGCCUGGGGUUGCAUACAUCCAUAAUGACAAGCUGGACAGGAAGGAUAUCGUGUACAACGUCCCUGCGGACUCGCCGACAAAGAAAGGCAAAAAGAAGAAAGAGGAGGGCGAGUGGUUCGUGCAAGUGCCAGAGCCGGAUGCGCAUUGUUGGAAAACGAUGGAGUCGCUGACAGACAACAAGAAGUGUCGCGUCCUAAAGAAGGUGCUCGCUUGCGAGGUGGUUUGGGUACAAGCCGGCUCCCCAGCGUUGGCGAAGCUCAGAAAGCUGAGCGUCCAGGAGGUGGUGAAUUUGGUGAAGUGCGACCGGGUGCUGGUGGGUCUGUGGAACUACUACCAGUUCAAGCACGACAAAAGGCCGGACGAGGAUUGGAGCCAGAGGUUCCCGUUCCUGAAAUCAAGGUCCGCAAUUUUCAUACAGUUUGAGAGUCGUGGUUUGGAUGCUGAGUUGUGGGACGGGGGCACGAAAUACGUCACUGACUCCUCGCUGUUCAAGGACUGCCCGCCCUACAUGGGCUGCACCGACGACAGAUCGAUCGAGGCGACGGAGAAGCUGGCCGGUCACAAGAAGUUGUCCGUUGACUGGAGGAAUCAGGUCCUGUCCGUGUUGUUUGGCAGUAGACUGAAGAGUCGAGAGAUCGCGCUCGCCAAAGGCAUUGUGCACAUAAAAUGGAAUGACACGUGUGACGUGACAUCCAUCGCGCCAUUCGGCAACGACCCCUUGGAGGCAGACAUAAGGAGUGCGGAGGUGAAGGAGGCAAUGGUUGCCACAAAGAGUCACACGUUCGUCCUCGAUCUGUGUGAACCGGUCGACCUGAAGCUUUGGAAACCGCAAGCGUUCGACACUCUGAAUUCCCAACUCCGGAUGUGGUGUCCGUCGCAUUGGACGCUCGUUGUUUUUGUCCCGCGGCAGCAGAACCUCUCCUUUCUGGCCAGCAUGAACCAUCUUUCUUUCGUCAAGCUGCUGAAAGGGAAGUGGGUGAGGAGGAGUCAACAGAAGAAAAGCUUCCCCAUCGGGAACAAUUUGUACACGGAAGACGACCAGAUGUACAUACUCUUCAAAGGCGAUGAUUUGCGGGCCAACACGUCCGUCGUCUACGAGGGGAAACUGUCGGCAGGCGCCGCUGCUGCAGUUUGGCUUCUCGAAUCCAUCACCAAGAAGGAGGAGGGUGUCAUCUUCCUCUGGAAGCCACACGCGCGGUCAGUCUGGGAAGUACUGAAGGCAGGACGACACGUCAUCACGAUGGAAGGGAACUCCGAGCUCUUGCAAUUUACAAUUGAUCUCGUCAAGAGCGAGGUCAAUUCGGGUGCCCACAAUUACGAGUUCAUGGUCGUCACCGAGACUCGGGCUCGCGCGUGGAACAACAAGACGGACAUGUGGUUCAAGUUGAGUGCGAGGAAGCGAAACAAGAUAUACGACUUCUUGUUCCUGCAAAUGCGGCCGAAGAGAGACACCGAUGCCGAGUACGUGCGCCGCAAGGACCACAUGUUCACGUUGCUCGACAACUACUACGGCGCCCCCCGCAUGAACGCGAAGACCUUCCUCGAGCGGUUGCGGUCCCUUUACUUCGUGGAGUCAGAGGAGGAGCUGACGUUCGGCAGUUACUCCUCCUUGAUCUCCACGGAAAACGAGGAGACCACCGGCAUCGAGUUCAACGCGACCGCGGACGAGGAGGGCAGCAACACUGAAAGCCUCGACCUGCAGUCCAUCGACAAGCCCAACGUCCCUCGUGUCACCGAUGGCGAAACCGGCGCCUGGCACUACCCCGAUGAAGUUGCUGCAGAGAAUGCAAGCUCUGGCCUCCGGCCAUCGCUCACUGCGUCCCAGGGAGUCGGCGAAGUUCGCCGGGAUCCGAACAUCUUCAGGCAAGGGGGGCCAACCAGGGAUAUUGGUGCAGGCGGGAGGGGCUGCGUGCGGCGGGCGGAAAGCGCAUUCAUCGAAAAUCGACACGGGUUCGGGCGAAGUGGCUGCAUUGCAUGCAAGGGAAGAAGGCAGGGUGAUGGACAAAGAGAAGUGGAGGAAGGAGACACAGGGGAGGAAUUGGAGGAAGGAGGGGAGGAAGGGGAGGAAGAAGAGGAUGAAGGAGAGAAAGGGGAAGAAACGGAGUUGGCUGGGUUGCUCGGAGGGCAGGAGGGGGAAAAAGGUGAACUCGAUACAGGAGACGACGAACGAACUUUCGACGACGACGAUGACAGGUUUGGGGAGUCUUCUGAUGGAUUCGGGCAGUUGUACGGAGAACACCGCGAGGAAGACGAGGACGACGAUGACAUGGCACUGGGUAUGGAGACACAGGUGGUCACAAGCCUUUCGGCAGAACGUGAUGACUAUGAGGUCCAAGCAAUGACGUCUGUGGUCGAUCUCCAACACCGGUUCAACGAAGCUCGUGUAGUAGUCAGCCUCACUAAGCCGAGUGUGCGUAUUGACAUCGAAGAAGUUAUCGACGGCAUCCUGGGCGACCACCACAUGUCCGCGCAGCCGUCCUCGACGCCUAGUGUCGACGACCCUCUCGACGUCAAACCUUCCGGGGGAUCUGUCGUCGAUUUCUCGCCAACGAGCUCUCCGAUGCUGCCGCCGACCAUCGCCGGCGGAGGAGAAGGUGGGAUUAGGGGACGACAAGAUGUCACAUUCCCGAAAAAAACUACUGCCGACACUCGAGCUCUCGACGUGCUGGCCUUGCCCGCGCCAACUUCGCCGAUUAAGGAGCGGAGAGACAAACCAGCUGGUAAGCAGUGACAAACGCCACUCUGUCUGCGCGCCAUUGACCGCAGUGUCUGUCAAUGCGCACGAGGCAAAAACAUG